UUACGUUUAACUAACUCAUAUUAUCAUUAAUAAAAAUGAAUUUCUAUUUUUCUUUUGGAAUAUUCCUUUUUUUUGUGUGUUUUAUUCUCAUACCUACGUUUUCAACUGGGUCGUCAAGCUCCAAAAAAAAUGAUUCAAAGAAACAAGAAAAAGAAAAAAUUGAAGUCGUAGCAAUUGAUUGUGAAAUGGUUGGAAUAAAUUCUGAUGGUAAAGGAAAUAUGUUAGCUAGAGUUUCUAUAGUUAAUUCUGAAGGUGUAACAAUUUAUGAUAAUUUUGUUAAACCAACAAAAGAAAUUACUAAUUACCGUACUGCUGUCAGUGGAGUUCGUCCUCAAGAUAUUGAGAAUGGUGAAUUAUUUUCCAAAGUAAAAAAUGAUGUUUCGGAGAUAUUAAAAGGGAAACUAUUAGUUGGUCAUGCUCUUGUGAAUGAUUUUAGGGUACUGAAAAUCUCACAUCCCAAACGAAUGAUUAGAGACACUUCAACUUACUGGGAGUUCAAGCAAUUAACAGAUGGUCGUAUUCCAAGUUUAAAACGACUUACUUCACAUUUCCUUGGAGUUAACAUACAAGAAGGUGAACACAGUUCUGUUCAAGAUGCAAAAGCUACUUUACAAUUAUACAUGUUAGUUAGAGAAAAUUGGGAAUCAAUGUUAAAAAACAGAAAAAGUAGACCUAGAAAAGGAAAUAAAUCAAUUGGUUCAAAACAUAAACAAUCUAAUAAUUAAUAUCUAUUAGAUAAUCUAAUAAAAUUUUUUUUUUUUUUGGUUUUUUGUAAUAAUGUCUUUAACAAGACUCUUAAUUUAAUGUUUAAGCAAUUUGUUUUUCUUUUAAAUGCUACAUAUAUUGUUAUUAAAUAUGUUUUAUUUUUAGUUUGUAGAAUGGUUCUUAUUAAAAGAUAUUUUUCUGGUUCAUAAUUUUAAUAACCCAGUUUAAAAAUGAUUUUAGUAUUGUA